AUGAGAUUGUUCAUGAAACCAUGGAAUGUGGUGCUGAUCCUUGUCAGAUGCUACUUAGGACACAAAGCUAUAACCAUAAAGAACGUUGCUGAUGGCACCUCAGACUGCCCCCACAGCCAUGCCCUGGUGGCUGGAAUUGAUCACUAUCCCUGCAAAGUGACAGCUGCCACGGGCAAGAAGAAAAUCACCAAAAGGUUCAAGAUCAAGUCUUCUGUGAAAGUUUAUAAGUAUAGUCACCUCAUGCUCAAAAGGUAUACUGUGGACAUCCUCUUGGACAAAAUCAUCCUCAACAAGGAUGUCUUCAGAGACCCAGCUCUUUAA